CCCAAUCGAGCGGACGUAUUUCCUUCUUGGGUCUACUUCUCGGUUUUGUUUUUACGAGUGAUUGAGUUUUUCGUUAAUUUGGGAUUUUUUUGGAAGUGAAAAGAAGUUGAUUUGGAGCGUUCAAAGUGAUUGAGAAUCUUUGGUGAGAAAUCUCGAAGAUCUCGUAAAGAUCAAGUGAAGAUCAGUUGCAAGAAUCAAUCGUGGAGUUCAACCAGUGAGAAUCAAUCGUUAAAAAGAGAUUGCAAGGAUUUAAGUGAUAACGCUCUCGCGAGAAACGAUCGUUCAAUCGUUCGUGAGUGAAACUCGCGAUCGCGAGUGAUCAACGCAGUGAAGAUCAAGGAUUACGCAGUGUUCUGAUCAAGGAAAAACGAAACCGCUGUCCGGAUAAGGAAGUUGACCCUCAGCUGUUUGGACAGCUACCAGCAGAUCUUACGGGGUUCCAGCAGUGACCCCCACCCGGAGACCCUCAGAAAAGUCAAGCGAGAUGGCGCACCUUUCGCCACCACCCUCGCCGCCGGUUCUGGCGGCCGGCCAAACCCAGGCCAGCCCGCUGGACAUGAACGCUUCCAGCGUGAUCCAGCGCGCAUCGGCUUUCAGCUCGGUGCUCGGACAGAAGUGGAACGCCAGAGAUCUCCCCCUGCUGUACAAUCCGCUGUUCUACUCGGGAGCGGCGUUUCUGUGGCCACAGUUCCUGCUGCCCCAGCAGCCCAUCACACCGAUCUCACCAAAUCUAGCCAACUCCAGAGACUACACGCUGACGCCGGAAAAGGAGGAAAUCGUUGACGAGGACAUGCCGCUGAACCUGUCCAUGAAGCCGUCCUCCUCAUCAACACCCAACUCCCGAGCAGCGGCGGCAGCCGCAGCUGCCGCGGCCGCUUCCCUGGCGCACUCGAUCCACAUCUGGUCCCCGGCCAGCAUGUGCGAGAAGGAAACCAUCGACGACAGCCAAAGCAACAUCGACAUCGAGAACGACGACUCGGACGAGCACGACGGGGACUCGUCCAGCGGAGAGCUGCAGAUCGACGAGUCGCGGGAUUACCAGACGCAACAACACCAGCAGAUGAUGGAGAACCAAAAGGCGCGCAUUCUGACCGAGUACAACAACCUGCUGCUCAACGGUGGUGGCGGCGGCGGCGCCGCCAGCGGGAAGGGCGACCGGAACUACUUCAACUACAGCAAGAUCAGCAAGGGCUACUUUACGCACCUGCAGCAGCAGCAGAAGAACCUGGAGAUCUUGCGCCAGAACCGUACGGAUGUGUUUGUGGUGAAGAACCAGGGGGGAAACAGUAACAACAACAACAACAACCGGGACGGUGUGAAGAACAACAAUGUGAGUGCGUACAGUGAUAACAGUGGCAGUGGGGGUGAGUUCCGGAUCAAGAGCGAGAUUACGCGGCCGGACUCGACCGGGCACAGUGAGGGGGGUUAUGUGUUCAAGCGGGAAGCGGGAAUCGUCAGCUCCGAGGAGAAAAAACCUGCACGACUGUACCAGUGCAAACAGUGCGGCAAAACGUUCAAACGCUCCAGCACGCUAUCGACCCAUCUGCUGAUCCACAGUGACACCCGGCCGUACCCGUGCCAGUACUGCGGCAAGCGGUUCCACCAAAAGUCCGACAUGAAGAAGCACACGUACAUCCAUACCGGUGAAAAGCCCCACAAGUGCGUCGUCUGCCUAAAAGCCUUCAGCCAGAGCUCGAACCUGAUUACGCACAUGCGCAAACACUCCGGCUACAAGCCCUUCUCGUGCGGUCUCUGCGAGAAGGCCUUCCAGCGGAAGGUCGACCUGCGGCGUCACCGCGAAGGUCAGCACGGCGAACUGGUCGGAACGCCGCUUUCCAGCAACGGUCUUCCCUCGGCGGCGAUGGAUGAGUUCAAGCCGAUCCAGCUGCCUCUGUCCGGCCACAACACCACCACCUCCUCCGGCAGUAGCAGCCCGGUAGCCGGGCACAACAGUUCCGCCGUGGCCAGCGCCUUGGCCGCGGCAGCAGGAUUCCACCACCAGCACCACCCCGGAGCCGCCACCGUGGAUAUCAAGAUGGAAGUGAGCAGCAGUUGUUCAUGAUUCACGCCGAGCUGGCUCUUCGGCGGCGCCGAUUUAGUUCAGAAUUUAUGUUACAAUCCCGCACUCCGACAAACCUCUGCGAGCCCUAAUGACGCGUCAUUUCGUUCCGAAGCCGCCGCGAACGCACUGACACACUCACGGACAACAACAGAUGUUGCUUAAUUUCGCUGUGUUGUUCCGUUUCUGCGGCGCACUUCUUCCUCUUUUCUUCGUGUGCCACGACCGAACCGACCCGAUCGUGAUCUCUGACUUCGGCCGACGCCGCCUGCUGCUACCACACGCGUCAGAUGACGUUUUUGAGCAUUUUUUUGUUGUUGUCGUUUCGUAUUUGGCCGAUCGGACCCGAAGCGGAACAAAGGGUCGCAAUCAAAGGAGGCGGCGACCGAGGAAUCUUCGUUUAAAUCACUUUUUACUGUACAGCGUAGCAUUUUUUUAAAAACAGUCGAGUUGAAAACGUACUUGUUCUUAGUUGUUAAGUUUUGUCUCAAAAUGUUCAUUUCGUUAGCGUUAGGUAGGGAAUUUUUCGAUCUAGUUAAACCAAAGCUAAUCGACUUCAGCUAUGAUCACAUAAUCAAAACAUUUGACUGUACUCGAGAGAAAAAAGCGAAGCUUCAGAAACCAAAUUUGUAAUUUAGAUUUUUUUCGUUCGUUCAUUCGACAACUUGUAAAUAGUUUUAAUUUAUUGAAAAAUUCUUCUUUUGGGUCCACUUUUGAACUAAUGUCUAGUCUUUUGUAUGUGUGUAAAAAGUAAACAGAAAACUACGAGGGAAACGAGAGGCGCUUUUGUUACCGAAAAAUGAACCAUGCGUGAACGAGUGAAUGAAUGCGCGAGCGAGUGAACGAAUGAGUGAGAGCGAGAGAGCGACGAUCCUGAUGCGAUCAUCACCAACACGAUAUAGUCAUGAAUAGAGCGGCGUUCGCACACUUUAAUUCAUAAACAGCUACCGAACCAAAGACUCUGUAUGUGUAAAUCGAGCAAACGACGAAAAAAAAAAGAAAA